UAUGGGGCGUCAGGCAUGACGUCAUCCCCGACGAAGGGGCGGGGCUCGAGGCCUCCGCGAAAGGAGCAGCCGCGUCUGACGCAACCUGGACGGAAGGUGAGGGUUCACUUCCGGGGUUCGGCGCGUCCUUUCCGGAAGUGGAAGGCCCCUCAGGCUGCUUUGGCCGCCUCAGAGCCCGAGGGCCGUCGGAGUGGGUGGCGAGGGAUGGAGCAAGCCGGGGAAGGGUCGGCGGCCUCGACCCGGGCGCUGGUGCCGGUCCAGGCCGAGUCCCGCGCCGUCGUGGAAGCCGGGAAGGAGGCCGCCCCGGAGGCCCCCAAGAGCCGCAAGAGGGUCCUGGACGAGGACAGCUACAUCCAGAGUCUGGAGAAAAUAAUCCAGCGGGAUUUUUUCCCUGAUGUGGAGAAGCUCCGAGCUCAGAAGGAUUAUCUGGAGGCAGAGGAGAGUGGCGACUUGGAGAAGAUGAGGCAAAUAGCCAUCAAAUUUGGUUCCUCCCUGGGCAAAUCUUCCAAAGACACCCCUGCGCCAUAUGUUACUCCAGCAACAUUUGAAACUCCUGAGGUUCAUCCUGGUGAUCCCACCGUGUUGAAUAAACCCAAGGUGCCAGCGAAAGCCCGAGAGGAAGGGGAAGCAGGAGAAGAAGAGAACAAAGAUACCUUGCCUAGCCUAGACACCUUCCUGGCAAAACAUACCAGCGAGGAUAAUGCUUCAUUUGAGCAGAUCAUGGAAGUGGCUGAAGAGAAGGAGAAAGCAAGGCAUUCUUGGCUGUAUGAAGCUGAAGAGGAAUUUGCCCAGCGACAUCAAGAGCAGCUGGCACUUCCCUCCGCUGAAAAGCAGCUGGCCUUGACUAGUGGGAAAGCUGGAAUAGAGACAUGGGAAUAUAAGGCAAAGAAUUCCCUGAUGUACUAUCCACCAGGUGUUCCAGAUGAGGAGGAGGUAUUUAAAAAGCCACGAGAAGUGGUCCACAGAAACACCCGCUUUCUAAAGGAUCCGUUCAGCCAAGCAGUGAGCAAAUCCCAGCUCCAGCAGGCAGCUGCCCUCAAUGCUCAGUACAAGCAGGGUAAAGUCGGUCCUGAUGGGAAAGAGCUCAUCCCCCAAGAAUCUCCCAAGGUGAACGGUUAUGGAUUUGUGGCCACCCCGUCCCCUGCUCCUGGUGUGAAUGACUCUCCUCUGAUGACGUGGGGGGAGAUAGAAAGCACCCCCUUGCGCUUAGAAGGCUCCGACACACCCUAUGUGGACAGGACUCCCGGACCGGCUUUUAAGAUCCUGGAGCCUGGCCGCAGAGAGAGGCUCGGCCUGAAGAUGGCCAAUGAGGCAGCUGCUAAAAACCGGGCAAAGAAGCAAGAAGCGUUAAGACGAGUUACUGAGAACCUUGCCAGCCUUACCCCUAAAGGACUCAGCCCAGCAAUGUCUCCAGCCCUUCAGCGCUUAGUAAACAGGACUGCCAGCAAAUUCACCGACAAAGCUCUCCGGGCCAGCUAUACCCCUUCCCCUGCCCACCUAGGGACCCCUGGCUACAAGACACCAGCCGGUGGACCCCAGACGCCCACUGUCACCCCAACGCCCAGGACGCUCUCUCAAACACCCGUGACUCAGGACCCAGCCUCAAUCACAGACAAUCUGCUGCAGCUUCCAAAAAGACGCAAAGCAUCAGACUUCUUCUGAGAGUGGCAUUCCCUUGCAGGACGUGUGGAACUGAAUAUGCAGGAAGCUGCUGGUAAAAAUUGUACAGGGCUGACAAAACCAUGUCAGGUUUUCUAAUCCCGCAUUGCCGUGUGGUGGCAGAAGUAAGCUUUACUGAGCAGAACUUGGGCUCCUUGUGUACCAGGCGCAGCUUUUACCAGGAAAAAAAGACUAGAGCUGCAAUAGUGUUGUCGGCCAUUUUGAUGCGUUUUGAAUUGUUUUAAUGAAAAGGGGAGGGUGGGUGGUUGUGGCUGUAAUUUACAUUUGGGCACCUGUAAUUCUGACUGUACAGCAUUUUUUUUAAUUUAUUCACUACUGAAAGCCUUUAAAUAAAGGCCUGGAACAAUUUUGAAAUGAGUGGGUCUGCCUACGACUCAGGCAUCACUGAAGGGGGAAAUGCUGAUGAAUGCACAGGAAUCAGUUUGGCAGUGAAGUGUUUCAUGCAGGGAAUGGCGCCUUGGUUGAAAUGGCCUAUGCCGGAACUCCACAUCUGUGCUUCCUAGAAGUGGAAGGCUGCCCUCCAGUGUAACAAAGCCUGUGUACAUGGGAUGAAUAUAGGCCCAGCCCCAUACACAAGUGUGUGUCUCUACACUGCUCAGGCAGCUUCAGAGUGAGGACUAUUGCCUUCCUAUUCAGCCUGAGGGUUUUGUGAAAUGCUGGAAUGAGACAGCCUCUUGCCUGUGGUCCAUCCAAGCCGCUCUUACGUUCUGUGAUUCUUCAUGUGCCAAGCAUGCAUGCACAACUGCUUCUGCAACUGUGACUUGAAUUUCUUGUUGUAGGGGAACAUAUGCAAGCAUUAGGUACCACUAGAAUUCUGGCCCCUGUGUGUCAUCUUGACCUUCAGAACAAAUAGUGGAAUAAAGAUGUAGGAGAUAAGUAAAGGAGCCAAUGGUGUACUGGUUUGAGUGUUGGACUAAACUCUGGAGACCAGGGUUUGAAUCCUCCGUCAUCCAUGGACACCCACUGGGUAAACUCAAAGAAGUCACACACUCAGCCUUUAAGGAAGGCAAUGGAGGCCCUUUGAACAAACUUUGCCAAGAAAACCUGUG